AUGGAUGCGUCUAAGGAAAGCACUAAGCUCCCUGGCUCAGAGAGUCUGGACAACUCGAACGCUGAAUUGAGCGAGCCUGCCACACACAGCUCGGCUUCUGUUGCGCCUACUGUCUACGACGCUGAUCUACUACUUCGGAUUUGCCCAGCUCAUCUCAUGGGUUCUCGAUGCAAUCACGAAUUAUGGACGGGGGUCAAGUGCGAUCGGUUGCUCAUCUGCGAGUACGUCAGGGAUUAUGUCUGCGAAGGGACCACGUGCCAAUACCUUCACAGCAUUCCGAGAAGCUGUCUGACCGUGAAGCGGCAUCGCAAGUGCAGAGAAGGUUGCACAGAUGCACACGAUUUUAUGGAUGCAAGAACGGAGAACGCCAAAGAGUUGGUUGACCAUUGCCAAACUAUCAUGCGUUAA